AUGGUCACUACCACCCACGAUAAUGCAGGCGACGCCAUCGAGCUGAUGCCAGAGAUCCGCGCAAACACCGCCGAUUUUGACCCCAGCAGAAAACUGACCGUCAGCCUCAACCGCCAAACUCCAAAUGAGCCUGCUACUGGAAUCUCCGUUCGCCAUGGUGGAAAAGAGCAUGCCCUCGACAUUCAUCUGAACCGCACUAUUCGCGUGCCCGACAAUAGAGACACCAACUCCCUACCUCCCGGCCUUGGUCAAUUCCCGCUUUUCAAGAUUCGCGACUACCCCGGCAUGCCCAAAGACAUCCUCGAGAAGGGCGGCAUCUUUUUCCCCAUGUACCAACGCGAAGCCAUGUGGAUUAGCUUCACUGCCGAUGCCCCCUUCGCCAUCAAGAUGUACGUUGGCGGCGUCAACGCUGUUUCCGGCUUCCCCAUGACGGAGAACGAGAAGACCAAGGAAAAGAGACAGAAGAUGCUCAGCAGCGGCAAGUCAAUCCAGGACUACAUGGUCGUCCCUGAGCAGCAUUGGCUCGACGGAAUAGCUUCCAAAGAUGGCAAGAUUCGGCAGUUUGUUGCGGAGCCCAAGGGCAACGGCUUCUCUGUCGAGGCCCAGGUCACGGGCGAGGAGAAGGUUGGCGGUAUUCAGAUCGAGAUCAUCCCCAUCAAAAAGCAUCUUCCCACCGAAUUCGAUGUCCGCCAUGAGAAUAAGGAGCAGAAGGUCAUCACUCGCACCUUCAACCUGGCCGAGAAGGGUCUCACCCCUGAGAGCACUUGGGAAGAUGUCAAGGAACGCAUCCGGGACGAAUUCGACAUUGCCGUCCAGGACCAGUCCCUCUCCAAGCACACCAACGCGACGAGGCGACACCGAGAGAUCGGAAUGGACUUUGGCAAUGAGGUCAAGCUCGGCGAUGUCUAUUUCCCGCCUCAAUCCUUCACUCUGAGUGUUACUCACGCCCAGCCAGUUCACCGAGGCGGAGGAUUCGGCAGGUGCAGGAAAGGCGGUCUUGGAAGCCAGGGACCUAUGACCUUGAUGUCCUGUUCAACUUCUCUGCCUGGAAUGGCGAAGUCAGAUACAAGGGCGCUUGAAAGCGCACCUGCGCCGACUCCGAACGUUAAGGAAAUGGGUCUCGCAGCCGGGGGUCUGAUCACACAAUCAAUCGAAGCCGAUCCAUACCCUGCAGAUGUGUGGGAUAUCGAGGCCUCGGUGAUGACGAACCUCACAAUCCUGGACAUUGAGUCGUUCGCUGCGGUCACCGGCCAGCCGGCUCCGGACACGCCUGUCGACGCCAAAACCUAUGCUCAGCACGGUUAUCCCUUCUUCGAGCUCUGGGGCGAAGAGAAGAGUGGUAUCAAGGGCGAGUUUCAGGAGGUCAAGAGCGUGGCCCAGUUGAUGAAGGAGGCGGCUAACGCUGAUGGCAAGUCGUACUCAGAGGAGGAGACAGUCAUGUUCAAAACCUUGACCAUUGGUCGCACGCCCUUCAGAAGCACUUUCCGCCCAGUAGAGAUUCUUUGCAAGGAGGUUCAGGAACUGCAUGUUUGA